GGGAGCCGCCCGGAGCGGGGUGAGCGCGACCGGCAGGAGGAUGUAGGCGGGCAGGAGCGCGGUGACCCCGCGGGGAGCAGCCCGCAAGAUGCCGCGGCUCCGGGCAGGAUGCUGACACCAUGAGAGGCUACCAUGGGGAGCGCAGCCAGGCCCAGCACCCCCCGGCGCCCCGCUGCCGCUGCGUCCCCGAGGACUGCCCCCAGCCUCUCGACUACCUCCGCCGCGGCACCGAGAGCCGGCAGCCCUGUCCGCUCAGCCCCAGCGAGCCCUGUUCCUUGGAGCAUCCCUGCUGCCCGCCGCGGAGCCCCGGGGCCGCCGCCGAGCGCCCCGGUGGGCCCCUGAGCGAGCCGCCCGCCGCCAGCGCCAGCAGCACCUUCCCGAGGAUGCACCACGCGCAGCAGCCCUACGACUCCUGCGACGAAUGCAUGGCGACCGCCCACCCCGCCAGCAAGAUCAACCGCCUGCCCCCGACGCUGCUGGACCAGUUCGAGAAGCAGCUGCCGCUGCACCACGACGGCUUCCACACGCUGCAGUACCAGCGAGCCAACGCCGCCGAGCCGCGCAGUGAGAGCCCCAGCCGCAUCCGCCACCUGGUCCACUCUGUCCAGAAGCUCUUCGCCAAGUCACACUCCCUGGAGACGCCGGCCAAGCGGGACUACAACGGCACCAAGAUGGACGGCCGCGGGGACGGCUACCACCACCACCACCACCAUCACCACCACCAGUCUCGCCACGGCAAGCGGAGCAAGAGCAAGGACCGCAAGGUGGACUCCCGGCACCGGUCCAAGAUGAUGGGCUGGUGGAGCUCCGAUGACAACCUGGACAGCGACAGCAGCUACAUGGUGUCCGGACGGCACGCCGUGGACCAGGGCACCCAGUACUGCGUAGACACUCCCGAAAGUGCCUUCAGAGACUUGACCUUGAAGAGUCUAAAGAGCGGCGGGGAAGGAAAAUGCCUGGCCUGCGCCGGCAUGUCCAUGUCUCUGGACGGCCAGACGCUCAAGAGGAGCGCCUGGCACACCAUGACCGUCAGCCAGGCCCGGGAGGCUUAUCCCAGCUCCGGCAGUGGCACGGAGAAAACCCUGAUGCUUCAAGAGGCAAAGGCCAAAGACAGAGCCUACCAGUACCUGCAGGUGCCGCAGGAUGAGUGGAGCGGGUACCCGGCGGUGGGCAAGGAUGGGGAGAUCCCCUGCCGGCGGAUGCGCAGCGGCAGCUACAUCAAGGCCAUGGGCGACGAGGACAGCGGCGACUCGGACGCCAGCGCCAAAGUGUCGCCCAAGGCAGCCUCGCGGCGGGACAGCUACCGCCGCUCCUCCAGCGCCGACCAGGCCAGGACCAAGUUUGCAAGUAGGCACUAUUCUGAUUCAUAUAUCUGUAACUGUCCCAGCUGCUGCACGCCACCUCGAAUGCUCCCUCGGGGACAGGGCUAUGGGCGCUCCUUCACCACCGGCCAGAUCAACGACGAGCUCAACCACCAGUUCGAGGCCGUGUGCGAGUCCGUGUUCGGCGAGGUGGAGUCGCAGGCCGUGGAGGCGCUGGACCUGCCCGGCUGCUUCCGCAUGCGGAGCCACAGCUACCUGCGGGCCAUCCAGGCGGGCUGCUCCCAGGACGACGACUGCCUCUCGCUCUUCUCCAUGUCGGGCCCCGCCGGGCCAGCCAUCACCAGCAGCAUCCUGAAGCCCAGCACCUCCUUCAGUUACAGAAAAGCUCCACCUCCCAUCCCUCCAGGAACCAAAGCCAAGCCCCUCAUCUCCGUCACGGCGCAGAGCAGCACCGAGUCCGCCCACGAGAGCUACCUGCCCGGCGAGGUCACCCGCAGCCCCGCCUGGUCCAAAGAUGCCGCGGCGCGCUGCAACUCGGCGGAGAGCCUGGAGAGCUCCAAGGUCACGGCCAUGUCGCUCGACCUGCCCCCGGUCCAGCCUCGCACCUCUCCCAAGCCCUCCACGCUCAUCAUCAAGGCCAUCCCUGGCCGGGAGGAACUGAGGAGCUUGGCUCGGCAGAGGAAGUGGCGCCCCUCCAUCGGAGUCCAGGUGGAGGCCAUCUCGGACUCGGACACGGAGAGCCGGAGCCAGAGGGAAUUCCACUCCAUCGGGGUGCAGGUGGAGGAAGACAAAAGGCGAGCUCGCUUCAAGCGCUCCAACAGCGUGACGGCGGGUGUGCAGGCAGACCUGGAGCUGGAGGGCUUCGCCGGGCUGGCCGUGGCCACCGAGGACAAGGCCCUGCAGUUCGGGCGGCCCUUCCAGCGGCACUCCUCGGAACCCGAGUCCACCCGGCAGUACUCGGUGUACAAGACAGUGCACACGCAGGGCCAGUGGGCAUACCGGGAGGACUACCAGAUGCAGUAUGACACCGUGGAGGUGCCACGCCGGGACUCCUGGAGGGACCGGGGCUCCCGCAGCCUCCCCGACUCCGGCCGGGCCUCCCCCUGCCACCGGGAUGGGGAAUGGUUCAUCAAACUCCUGCAGGCUGAGGUGGAGAAGAUGGAGGGCUGGUGCCAGCAGAUGGAGAGGGAGGCGGAGGACUACGACCUGCCGGAGGAGAUCCUGGAGAAGAUCCGCAGUGCUGUGGGCAGUGCUCAGCUCCUCAUGUCCCAGAAGGUGCAACAGUUCUACCGACUCUGCCAGCAGAACAUGGAUCCCAACGCAUUCCCCGUGCCCACCUUCCAAGACCUGGCUGGGUUCUGGGACCUCCUGCAGCUCUCCAUCGAGGAUGUCAGCAUGAAGUUUGCAGAGCUCCAGCAGCUCAAGGCCAACGGGUGGAAGAUCAUUGAGACCAAGGAGGAGAAGAAGGUGCCUCCCCCGAUACCAAAGAAGCCGCCGCGCUCCAAGGCGCACCCGGUGAAGGAGCGCUCCCUGGACUCGGUGGACCGGCAGCGGCAGGAGGCCCGCAAGCGGCUCCUGGCGGCCAAGCGAGCCGCCUCCUUCCGCCAGAACUCGGCCACCGAGAGCGCCGACAGCAUCGAGAUCUACAUCCCCGAGGCGCAGACCCGGCUGUGACGGGGCCUCGGCUUUUCUACGCGGACUGGACGGAGAGUCCGUCGCUCACUGUGAUCGGGGGCCGCGGGGACACCCCGGGGGCGGCUCGCGGCCCGCUCACAGCCUCUCUCUUUUCUAUCUCAGACGUUUCACGGAUCCGACGGCGAACGACCGCCGAGCUGGUGGUGCCCCGUCCCCUUGCCCCCCCCCCCCCCGCCCGCAUGCCCCUGCCCACCUCUCCGGGCUCUGAGCCUCUCCAGGCUCUCCCCUCCUCGGGGCCCCGUCGUCCCCCUCUGGUCCCCUCUCCCCUCUUUCCAGCCCGGCCACCCGUCCGGCGGAGGGGCGACCCCGGCCCCGCCGGGGAGGGGGCCGCAGGCAGGCCCCCGCCGCCCCUCCGUGAGCCCCUGC